AUGGUCUCCAAUGCGAUCAAGGUCCUACCUGCUUUCUACUCAGACACGGCCAGCAUGGACAAGGCGCGUGACUUCUGGGAGCUGUUCGAAGCUCACACCAGCCACCUCCCGGAUCAGUCUCGGCUGUUAGUGUUCCGACAACGGAUCAAGGGCUCUGAAGCUGAACGGUGGUGGAACAACUCGACUAUCAAGACGUUCGCGACUCUGAAGGUCCGAUUCCACAACCUGUUCCUCAGCCGAACGGCUGACCAGCUCUGGGAACGGUUGCAGUCCGCUCACCGUGAGCGUGGCGAAUCCGUUGAGGAGUGGGGUGACCGUGUAACGGAUCUUUGUGACUCGUUGGACUAUCCGAAGAGGAAAAUGAGAUAUCAGCUGUUCCGUCGCGGACUCCGAAACAAGCGCAUAUUGGCGUGUCUCGACUCGGGACCGGCGCGUGACAUUCUGGAGGCCUGCGAAUGGCUAUUGGCCAAGGAGAUGUCGCGUCCCAUUGAAGAAGACGACGAGUUCUCGGACGAGAAGAAGAAGUCGAGCGGGAGCGAUGCCUCACCCGCGAACGAUCCGAUGGCGGCUGUGGGCGUGCUUGCGGAGAAGAUAACGACGUUCAUGACGCAGCAACAGCAGUGGCAGCAGCAGAUGAUGCAGAACCGUUGGCAGCCUCCGCGCUCGCCACGGAACCGCAUGCCCAACGUUUCGGCUACGACUUCGAGUCCUGGCGCUGGAAUGAACGGUCAAGGUCCUCGUGGGAACGGUCGACCGGUCCGAGGAAUCCGUAUGGGAGCUGACAGUCGAACGCAAGAGGGAGCACCUGUGUGUGGCCGGUGUGGCUACGUGGGUCACUCGCGAGAGACUUGCCGCCGCCAGUCCAUGACGUGUCACAACUGUGGCGUUCACGGUCAUAUCGUUGUGGAGUGUGAAGCGGGACCCAACAACUACCAACGCGGCCCUGAAACGGUUGGCCGGAACGGUGGUCGUGGCGUUACCAAGUGCGCGUUCUGCGAGGAAGAAGGUCACCUUAUCGGUGCGUGUCCAUGCAUUGUGGCGCUCCGUGGUGCGGCCCAGGAUCUGAGGGCCCGGUCUGCACAAACCGCUUCGAACCAAUGA